AAUAUGGUCAAAAAGCCGAAUCAGUUAGUUUAAAAUAGGCUGCAGAUGAAGUUUAUUUUUGUCAGCUUUAAUAAAUUCUGGUAAUCAUCAUGUUUAGAGUCAACGGAGAUUCGAAUACUACAAAUAACAUAAUGUCGCACGCAAUACGUCGUUCCCAGUUCGCCUUGGAGCGAGCAAUGGUCGAUCAGUGUUUGAUGGACGAUCAGUAUUUCAAUUUGUUAUACAAAAACUAUGAUGCCAAUAUUCCUGCCACAAGCAACAGGACGCACGGCAUCGGUGAAACCGCCCACGUCAGCUCCAGCUCCAAUAGCCUGGAUUGGCUUCGAAAUGAUAACGAUAAGGCCUGGACAUCCAGUCUGCUCGACUACAGGAAUAUGGAUGCGGAAUUAACACGCCUACAACUCGAAUGCGAGAACAUAGAGUCGACUAUGGCAAGGGUUGGAUCGGGUACUGUGAGCAAUAAGCCCGCGGAGACUUCAGAGCAGCCUAGUCGUGAAUUUUAUUUAAUUGGCUCUGCACUGCCAACUGCUGUACGUGUGCCACCUCCGACACGAGGUCCUCUGUCAAGAAUCGACCUGAGUCUGAACGCUUCGGCUUUGGCAAUACCAGCUGUCAGUGUUCCGGUACGACAUCGUCACACAAGCACUCUGGAAGAGAUCUCCUACGGACUGCCGCCAUUGUCAAUGAUUGGGGGAUCGAAUGUGGCCAGCGUCACCAAUGUAGGAUUGCCUCCAUUGCCGCCCAACCCGAUCAGAUCGGCCUCACCAGGUCGCCUAACUGUGGAGCAGCCGUCGGCGAGAAAAAAGGAAUCGGAUGUGUCGGCGACGCCAAUGGCGUCGCACAUGGAACCGUACAAAUGUCCGGUCUGCUUGAAAUGUGUGCGUCAACGGAAACCCGCCUCGACCAUAUGCGGUCACGUGUUUUGCAGCAGUUGCAUCAAGACCGCAUUGCGCGCCACAUGCAAGUGUCCUGUGUGCCAGAGAUUGAUGACCACACGUCAAAUUUUCCGGAUAUUCAUUUGAACCAUGUUUGAGUGAUAAGUUUCGUUUUAAAAAUUCAUUAAAUUCUUUCGAUAUGCGCCAGAA